CGCAGCCAGGUUCCCCCUCGUCCGCCCCCGCGGCCCGGGACCAUGGCGGGCGCCAUGGAGGAGGAGGAGUACACCAAGCUGGUGAUGGAGUCGCAACCCGAGUGGCUGCGGGCCGAGGUCAAGCGGCUCUUCCACGAGCUGGGCGAGACCACGCGCGAGAAGAUCCAGGCGGCCGAGUACGGGCUGGUGGUGCUGGAGGAGAAGCAGCAGCUGAAGCUGCAGUACGAGGAGCUGGAGCUGGAGUACGAGACCAUCCGCAGCGAGAUGGAGCAGCUCAAGGAGGCCUUUGGCCAAGCUCACACCAACCACAAGAAGGUGGCUGCGGACGGCGAGAGCCGCGAAGAGACCCUCAUCCAGGAGUCAGCCACCAAGGAGGAAUACUACGUGCGCAAGGUCCUGGAGCUGCAGACAGAGCUGAAGCAGCUGCGCAACGUCCUGACCAACACGCAGUCGGAGAACGAGAGGCUGAAUUCUGUGGCCCAGGAGCUGAAGGAGAUCAACCAGAAUGUGGAGAUCCAGAGGGCGCGUUUGCGAGAUGACAUCAAGGAGUACAAGUUCCGAGAAGCCCGCCUGCUCCAGGACUACACAGAGCUCGAGGAGGAGAACAUCUGCCUCCAGAAACAAGUGUCUGUCCUGAAGCAAAACCAAGUGGAGUUUGAAGGCCUCAAACAUGAAAUCAAACGGCUGGAAGAGGAGACGGAGUAUCUCAACAGCCAGCUGGAGGACGCCAUCCGCCUCAAGGAGAUCGCCGAGCGCCAGCUGGAGGAGUCGCUGGAGACCCUGAAGACGGAGCGCGAGCAGAAGAACAACCUUCGCAAGGAGCUGUCCCACUACAUGAACAUCAACGACUCCAUGUACACCAGCCACCUGAGCUUCUCCCUGGAUGGCCUCAAGUUCAGCGACGAGGCAGCUGAGCCCAACAACGAUGAGGUCCUGGUGAACGGCUUCGAGCAGAACGGGCUGCACAAGAUGGCGGCCUGCGACAGCAACAAGACCUCUACGCCCAAGAAGGAGGAAGGCUUCCCGCCGGCGCCCAGCCUGGUGUCUGACCUGCUCAGCGAGCUCAACAUCUCGGAGAUCCAGAAGCUGAAGCAGCAGCUGGUGCAGAUGGAGCGGGAAAAGAUGACCCUGCUUUCCACGCUGCAGGAGUCCCAGAAGCAGCUCGAGUCUACGCGGGGAGCCCUGUCCGAGCAGCACGAGAAGGUCAGUCGUCUGACCGAGAACCUCACGGCCAUGAAGAAGCUCCAGGUCAGCAAGGAGCGCCAGUCGGCGCUGGACAAUGAGAAGGAGCGCGACAGCCACGAGGACGGCGACUACUAUGAGGUGGACAUCAACGGCCCUGAGAUCCUGGAGUGCAAGUACAAGGUGGCUGUGGCGGAGGUGGGCGACCUGCGGGAGGAGCUGAAGGCGCUGAAGGGCCGCUACGAGGAGUGCGCGUCCAGGUAUGAGGAGGAGAAGGGCCGCUAUGAGACCGAAGGCCAGGCCCUGACGGAGAAGAUCGCGCUGCUGGAGAAGGCCAGCCGGCUGGACCGAGAGCACCUGGCCCGGCUGGAGAAGGAGCUGAAGAAGGUGAGUGACGUGGCCGGGGAGACGCAGGGCAGCCUGAGCGUGGCCCAGGACGAGCUGGUGACCUUCAGCGAGGAGCUGGCCAACCUCUACCACCACGUAUGCAUGUGCAACAACGAGACCCCCAACAGAGUGAUGCUGGAUUACUACAAGGAGGGCAAGGGCGGCGGGCGCGUCAGCCCCGAAGGCAAGGGGAGGCGCUCGCCCAUCCUGCUCUCCAAGGGGCUCCUGGCCAUCGACCUGAGCAAGGUGGAGAGCGGGAGCGGCGACGGCUCGCCCUCCCCCAGCUCCUCCCUCCCCUCCCCUGUGUCGGAUCCCCGCAAGGAGCCCAUGAACAUCUACAACCUGAUCGCCAUCAUCCGGGACCAGAUCAAGCAUCUGCAGGCGGCCGUGGACCGCACGGUGGAGCUGUCCCGCCAGCGUGUGGCCACGCAGGAGCUGGGGCCUGUGGUAGACAAGGACAAAGAAGCCCUGAUGGAGGAGAUCCUGAAGCUGAAGUCUCUGCUGAGCACCAAGCGAGAGCAGAUCGCCACCCUGAGGACCGUGCUAAAAGCCAACAAGCAGACUGCUGAAGUGGCACUGGCCAACCUGAAGAGCAAAUACGAGAAUGAGAAGGCCAUGGUGACGGAGACCAUGAUGAAACUCCGCAACGAGCUGAAGGCCCUCAAGGAGGACGCCGCCACCUUCUCUUCUCUGCGGGCCAUGUUCGCUACCAGAUGUGACGAGUACGUCACUCAGCUGGACGAGAUGCAGCGUCAGCUCGCAGCAGCAGAGGAUGAGAAGAAAACCUUGAACUCCCUGCUGCGCAUGGCCAUCCAGCAGAAGCUGGCCCUGACGCAGCGACUGGAGCACCUGGAGCUCGACCACGAGCAGGCAAAGAGGGGGCGCACCAAGUCGGCCUCCAAAGGCAAGAGCGGCACCCCAAGUGUAAGUCACCUCCGGUCCUGUGCGGACAGGCCCGAGGGGGCCAUGCUCAGCAACCAGGUGUUCUGCAGCGAGAAGUAUAAGAUUUAUUGUGACUAGGGUGGCUCUUGGGGAGCCGCGUGGGAUGGUGCGCGCACAUCUAACCGUCCGCUGUCUCUGUUGUCCGCUUAACGCCCCACUAACAUUUCAGUGAUGGAGGCUGUUGCUAGUUUAUCCUUACCAACCGCAUCAUACACAUUGCAUUACGCUGGUCUUGACGAUGAGAAAUCCAUAUGUAAGGGGGAUGUUGCUAGUUGCACGGUUAUUGUAGUGGGGACUGGACCCCUUCCACCGUGAACAUGGGGGGGGCCUUUUUUUUUCUUUUCUAUUAAAGGGAGCGUGUCCUCGAAUCUGUAACGUUGGGUGGCACUAGCUGUAGUCUGUAGAGCACAAACAUGACUUCCGCCCCUUCCUGGGCUGUGUUAAGCACACAUCAAACUUCCCGGCCUCCUUUUCAGACAGACAGACAGGCUGGAGAUGAUGAGGUGGUCCCAGAAAUUGUGGCAGGACAGUGUGGAAAAUCAGGCAUUUGUCACAGAAAACUGUGUCCUGCAUUUAAAAAGAGAUUCGUGACUUGCCCAUCCAUGGAAGCUGGGCCACUGGCAAUAGCGGUCAUUGAGGGGAAAGAUGAUUGACUCAGCUUCCAGGAGGUGUCUGGGAGAAGGUGGAUUCUCCCAAACUUGCACAUUUCAUGUUAUGUAUACAUGUAUAUUAUCAAAGUUAUGCAAUUUGGCCCCCCUCGGGAAUAUGACAUAAGGUAGUAGGGUGUGCAUUGCUGUAGCGCCUGUCACCCGCCAGAGUGGCUCGUGGCCAGCCUUAGGUAGUCUCUUGCAGCAUGUGGCACGUAGGGAAAGAAAUGCUGUGUCCACAGGCCGUCGACGCAUGAGCUUCGUUAGGCCAGCGUGGAUAGGAAGGUCUGCGAGAUCUGGCCUGUUCCCUGUGUGACUGUCCUGGUUUGGUUUUCCCCGAGCACACACAGGAAGCAACACACACACACACACACACACACACAGUAGCGUUGAUUAUGCAAGCAGAGCGAGCUGUAGGCCCAGGAAAUUAAACCAGUUCAUCUUGCUAAUGCCGACUCCUUCCCAAGGCUGUCAGCCCACUGGAGAACUCCGGUGACUCGGAGACUUUCCAGGAGAAUUUGAACCACUUGAGGCCAAUUUCCCAAGAACCAAAACCAAACAAAAGGACCUCUAGGAUUGGUGCCUGGAGGGCUAUGGAAGAGGGUUGAGGAUGGAAGGCCGGGAGCUGCUGCUUCCAUGGUGGUGGGGUCUGGGGGAUUGGUGAGGCAGAAGGAGGCACAUGGUUGGGUUUUUCUUUUUUUUUGGAAGUGUCUGACACUCCUACCUUCCUUUUCUAUGGGGAGCCCUGUUCCUUUUUUAACAUCUAGAACCUGCUAAGAAUGGAAAUCACCCAUGUGGUUUACAGGGCUGACAUCAGGAUCAGAUUGGAGAAGCGGAGUUUUGUCUUGGGUUUUUCCCCCCCAAUAACUUAACUCUUCUUGGAAAAUAACUGAGGUCUGAAAAAAAGGAUGAGAAAGCUCAGUAUAUAUUCUGUCUCCUAUAAUAAGCGCUCAUUUUCAUGAAUUAGGACUUUAAUUUUGCUAAUGAGCAGCUUAUGUUAUUUUAGAAGCCAAUGUACUAAUUCUGCUGCUGUACUGAUCCCCCCUAUGUGCCCCCUACCAUGGCCCCCGUCAGCCUUUGUUUUUCUCCUCCUCCUUGCAUAGUAGAUCAUCCGGCACCAGCUGGCUCCUUGCGGCAGGAAGCUGCUCCCACAGGCACCCAGUCCCACAGGGUCUCUGUCUCUAAGGGGCAGCCUAGCCUAGGGUUCAAGGACGCAUGUCAGGAGAUCAGACAUGCUGCCCAGAGAGGCUUUCAGAGUCCUUGAGAUUCUUCUAAAAAGGGAUCAGUGUUAUCAGGGGACCCGAGAUGAUGUGAUUGUUUCCAUGCCUGUCGGGUUUUCUUCAGCCUCCAUCAUUUCUCAAAGUAGUCUCCAGAUGUUUGUGUUUGGGUCCAGACCAGAAGUAGUCACAUGACACAGUUGUGAGAAAAUGAAUCCCUCCUGCCGGUGUGGCUGCACGUGUAGAUGGUGCUCUGUGAAAGACUGUGGGGCUUGUCCGGUCUUUACUCUUUUCUCCUGGGCUUGGUCUGUGUCCAGUCUCAGCCUCUACUUACUUGGCUCUUUGCGGAUUUUUAACAUGGGAAAUUUCUUCCGCCAUCACCUACCUCCACGAGCAGGCUCCUGUCAGUUGGAUUUCGGCGUUGGCCCGCAUGACCCACACCUCCUGCAUGUUUUUCCAGAGAUCGUUUAGCUUCACUGAUAAACCUUCUGAUGCUUCUUCCCAGCUGGCCCCUUGCUCCUCCAGCCUCUCCAUUCGGUACUUGUAAGAAAUCUUUUUCAGUAAAUGGAAAGCCCCAGCACAGUUCUCCCUGGCCCUCUUGGUUUCCAGUGCUUGGGCAGCUCCCCCCCUCUCACCGCCCCCCACCCCUGGCUCAGGGGCUGCCCUUCUAACAGACAAACACUUGGGUCCUCUCUCGCCACCCCACUAACUUGCUCUGUAGCUCUCGCAGUGCUAUCAGUAUUAAGAUGUCAAGCCUCUUAACGGGAUAAGUAACCUGUUUUUUCUAAUACAAUUUCAUUUUUCCCCCCCAUUUUCAGCUGUAGAGUAGUACCCGGAGACGGAAUUGGCCUUCAGUGCCCUCGGUCAAAUUGCAACUUUCUUAAGCUGCUCGUGCUGGUGGCUAAACCAGCCCAGGGAGCUCUGGUUGCCCAAAGGAACGGACGAAAUCCCAAAUUUCCACUCUCUCUUUUUUUCUUUUUCUCAUGAAUAUACUACCUGCACUCAUUUUCAAAAUUGCAUAUCCUGGGUUGGAAAGAGAAAACCUGUACACCUCAUGGGCUGAUAUUGCUGCAGGAAACAUUUUUUACAAGUGCUGAAGAAACGCCUUCAAACGAACAAUGAGUCUACUAGAAACGUUCAGAUGGGGUUGGGGGAGGGGGGCACCAUUGGGGGAAGCCAUUUUUGUUGUGACCUAUAUUCCUUUCUUAUCUGAUUGUUAAACCUGUGCACUUUUGAUAUUUUAAUAUUGUAUUAGCUUCCUUAAUUCCUCAUGUAGAAAAGAUCUAGGAGAAGCAAUGACUUGUGCUCGCAGUAGGUCUCCAUCAUGCAUUUGUACUCGUUGAUUUCUCCAGAGGCAUGUCGCAGAACUUUGUAGGCUUUUUUGGGUUGUUUUUGCUCUAGACUCUGUUUAGGUGACAGCCCCAGCUCACGUGGGGUGGCUCUGCUAAACUGUUAUGUGCUGUGCUUCAGCAGCCUUUUUUAAUCAUGAAAUGUUAUGGUUUAUGUUUUAAAUGACUGAUUUUUAACUGCCAUGUUCAUUAAGAAAUCCAGGGUAUUCAAAUUCUGGGGUUUUUUCAUAUUGUAUUAUUAUUCUUAGGAAUAGUUCAAUGUAACAAGAAGAAAACUUGACUUUGCUCUGGUUAAAACAGUAAUAGGCACUUGAAAAAUAAAAUUAAAGCGAUGAAAGCAGUAGUAUUACCUGCAAGUUCCAGAGAUUCUGGAUUGGAGGAGGUUGUGAAGCAUGACUGAUUAACAGAAUUUUCUACAACUGUACCAGUGAAAUUCCAAAUUGGAAUUGUUUCGUUACCUCUUUGUUUGUUGUGCCAAAUUGUGGUACAUUUAGAAAGAAAAAUUCUAAAGUUGUCAAUUCUAGGGUGUUCAAUUUCAACGCCUUUUUGUUAUUCAUUGUUGCCAGUAGUGCCUUUGCUAAUUUGAGGGAGAAUCCUAGGAUAUAGUUUAGUCUAGAAAAAAAAAGGAACCGGAAUGAGCUGGUUGGGAAUUGGGAAGAUACGGAGCAAUAAACACAAAGUAAGCAAGCUCAUUUGGUUUUGGAAAUGGGUCUCUUUAUAUCCCACGAGAGAUGAGAAAUUGUGCAAAAUUCUGUUAGUCAGUGAUACUUUCCCAGGCAGAUCCUGGCAAAUUCAGGGCUCAAGAAAGAAAAGCAAACACAAAACAUCGAAUACACUUGGGGAACCAAAUGGACUUGGACUGAACGAAGAAGCAAGCUGUGUGGAAAGAAAGAGGACAUGUCUGGUUGCAGCACCGAUGGGUGUCAGCUGUGGAUAUUCUGUUCGCUUUCUCCGGCAGCAGCGGUGGGCAUGGUUUAACCAUUAGUAUUCUUUGCGAAUGUGAAAGCAAGACAUUAAUAUCUUCUCUUGCAUGUGGUAUCUAAUCAUUGUCAUUUCAGGAAACAGAAACGGAAAAAGGACAUCAACAAAAGUGCCUCAGGACUUUUGUUGAGGCUCCUGUGAAUGAUUCAAUUGGUACUUCCGGAGGAAGAAAAACCCAUUUUUUUCCUCAAAAAAGUACAAAUUAUAAUAAUAAAUAAUAAUAAUAUAAAUGGCAGGAACAAAUGAGUUCUGUUUGCUGGAAUAAACAUUAUUAUUCCUAGAUGUGGGGACUUCUCUCUUUUCACCUUCUGUUACAGUAUUGAUUUAUAAGAAAUAUUGUUGCAUUUAAAAUAACUUCAUCUGUCUAUAUGUGGGUAUUUAUUUGAAAUGAUGUCUUCGUACUGUAUUCUGUUCUCUGUGCAUCACCCUUAGCGGCGGAUUAUUGGUCCUUAUUUUAAAGUCAUAUGCAUGUACUCCUGCCAAGGAACCUUUACACAGACCUGAAGAGGCAAAAACGUCCUCAUUCUUUGGGAGAGGAGGAGAAAGAAUGAGGACGAGAACUCUUACGAGUAGAAUUUUCACGAUUGGGUAACUCUCCGUUGUCUAGGGGGUGCAAAAGUAUGACUUUUAAAUUAAUCCAAAACCAAUAUUUAUAGGAAACAGCCGGCCUGUGUAAAGAGAGUCAUAUUGGCAGUUAUCAAUAAUAAAAAAAAAUUUUUAAAGAUUAAAA